AUGAACAACUUAGGCGGCUCGGGAGCGCGUGCAGGACCUCUCCCGAACGCAGCACCCCUCGAGCCCCCCGCGAAGGGGACGCGAGGCUUUGUGCUGGGCUCUUCCCGUUUCGGUCGCACUUACUCAGGGAAUCCCGGAUGCGCCCUUGCCCCUCCAAGCACGGCCGAGCCGCCUGCUUUGCCCCCCAACCGUUCCCCUGGGGGUACUGGCAAGGGGGCAGGCAGCGAGCACGCGGGACUGGCCGGCUGGUUUGGUCGGCUUCGGGGGAGCGCCUCUCCGGCCUUUCGGCACGUUAAUCCCACACUGGGGCCCAAUGGCUGGCAGGCAGGCAUGGCCGGCGCGGGGGCCAGGGGGAGGACUGGCCAUCCGCGCCAACAGCGACGGAAGAGAGAGCAAACCCUCCACGUCUUCAGGGAACGUCCGGACGCGGGACCUGCGUCCCUCCAGGUCCGGCGAACUCCCCAGGGCGGAAUCGUUGGCGCGAGGGCAGCAGCAGCAGCAGCCACACGUGCCGCCACAGCCGCCGCCGCCGCCCCCGAACCUCCGGCACGGUCGAGGAUAAAGGCCUCGCCGUUGGUGCUUUUGCGGAACCCGCCCGGCCCGGGGCCGCUGCUCGACCUCCUCAGCCCACUACUCGUCACCAGCCCGCCAGCGAGACCCGGUCCCCCCUUCCAAGAGGGAACAGGGAGGCAGGGAGGGAGAGAGGUAGGGAGAAAGGAGAGCGGCCGGAAAGGGGGGAACCAACACGGCGCUGUUUCGCCUCACUCUCAAGAGAUUCUCGUAGCGGCCUUCCCGGAGAACGGGCGGGGGCUGCUGUUGAGCACACCCGCAGCCGUCCGUACUGUGUCCCGGGAGGCAAUGUCACGACACUCGAGGGAAGGUGGCAGCCGUCCUUCGAAGAAGGCACAGGGCCGCCGCAAUGUGCGUUCGACACGUCGAUGGAAUCACGGGAGAAUUGCGAUAGCCACCAAAACUUCGCUUCUUGCCGCGGUCUUCCCACGAGCCAAGUGA